CCAUUACGCCAACAUCGAUAAUUUGAAAGAAAAAACCAAAAUAGCUUGUUUGUAUUCGAUACAGUAGUUAGAUCUUAACCUGUCAUACUUAUAAUACCAUAGUACAAACAUAUGUUGUGUAAAUGAACCAAUUUUAACAAUUUAAUUUUGGAAGAUUAUAGUUCACGUGGACCGCAACACCACAGAUUAGGAAUUUAUUUUUCAGCAAAAUAUUUAUAGAUUUUUGAAUAUUUUGAUGCUAAAUCAAAUCAUAUCAGUAACAGCUUGAUCAUUAACCAAACAACAAGAUGUCAGAAAGAACCUUACAAGCUAUCAAAUUCGAUAAAGUAUCUACAACCUUGGAAAUCUUGGAUCAAUUACUUCUUCCUUACUCAACCUCCUACAUCUCUAUAAAAUCAAUUGAGAAUGCAUUUCAAGCUAUCAAAUUAAUGCAAGUUAGAGGAGCUCCUGCUAUUGCUAUUGUUGGAGCAUUUGCCAUUGUUGUUGAUACCAAUACUUAUUUAAAGACUACCACUGAGGGAUCAAGAAAGAAAUCAGUUGAAGACUUGGUUAAGAGUAUUGACUAUUUAAUCACAUCUAGACCAACUGCCGUCAAUUUAUCAAAUGCUUUGAAUGAUAUUAAAUCUUUAAUCACUAAGAGUCACAAACCAGCUGAUCUUGUUGAAGAAGUCAUCUAUAAAAAAAUCUUUGAUUAUUCAGUUGCAUUAUACGAAGAUGAUUUAUCAAAUAACUUUAAAAUUGGUGAAAAUGGUUUGAAUUAUAUCAAAUCAAUUUUAAAAGAAGAAAAAUUCAAAGGUGCUUUUUCAAUUAUAACAAUUUGUAAUACAGGAUCCUUAGCUACUUCAGGUCAUGGUACUGCUUUAGGUAUAAUCAGAUCUACCUAUGAAUCAUUAAAAGAAUCAAAAACAGAUGAAGACUUUUAUCUUGAUCAUAUAUAUCCUUUAGAAACAAGACCUUAUAACCAAGGUGCAAAACUUACCACCUAUGAAUUGGAUUAUGAAAAGAUUCCAUUCACUUUAAUUUGUGACAAUAUGGUCUCAGCAUUAGUUAGAACUUUAAACCAAUCCAAAGCUAUCAAGGCCCUGUCAGCCCCAGUGAAGUUUAUUAUUGUUGGUGCCGAUAGAGUGGUUAAAAAUGGUGAUAGUGCCAAUAAAAUUGGUACUUUCCAAUUAUCAGUCAUUGUUAAUCAUUUCAACUCAAUCCCUAAUUUCAAUAAAAUCAAAUUCAUUGUGGCAGCUCCAAAAACUACUAUUGAUUUGAACACACAAACAGGUGAUGAAAUUGUUAUUGAAGAAAGACCAGCAAAUGAGUUGACAACUCUUAAGGGACCUGUAUUAACUGAAAAUGGAAUCGGUGAAAAGAUAACUGUUGGUAUUGCAACUCCAGGAAUAUCCGUCUGGAAUCCUGCUUUUGAUGUUGCUCCACAUAAUUUAAUAGAUGCAAUUGUCACUGAAGAUCCUAAAGUCUUCUUAAAAGAUGCUUCUGGUCAAUUUCAUUUAACUAAAUAGAUUAGAUUAGAUUAAUAUAUAUUUUUAUUUCUAUGCUA